AUGGCAUCAUACUAUGAGUAUUUAAGCUUUCGUUUAACUGAUCAACAUGUCACAUGGUCAGAUCCUUUUAUGGAUGUUACUGGGCUAGGUGAAAUUGUUUCUGUGUCUAUUCCAUGUAUUAGUGAACGAGGAAGAUUUUUAGGAGUGGCCGUAUCUGCUUGCAACUCUUCUCUAGUCAAAAAUGAUCCAGAAUUUGAGAAAAGAAAGCAAAACAAUUUUAAUAAGUGUCCUGAUGACAUUCCUGAAGAUUUUCUCAUUUACCUUAGAAGUGGAGGAAGUUGCGAUUAUUGUGGAAAUUGUGAAUUUCAAAAAUGGUAUUUUGUUCUUGUUUGGUCCACUUUGGCUGUGCUGUCACUUGGUGUGCUUGGAGUGUUUGGAGUUGGUUUGUACCUUAUUAUUCGAAAGAUUGCUCGAAAAAAGAAGUGGCAACGGUUAAAAGACGAAGUGUACAAUGAAUCGCUCACACACAGGCCUUCGUUUUUUAAGAAACGUGGAAAGUUGGAAAAGAUUAUUCUUCCAAAAAAGAUUGAAGAUGAAGAGUUGGAAGUGACACACAAUUCCUUGAAGCGAAUUUAA